UAGUGAUUCUAACUCUGCCAAUUUUGUGUUGACAGUUGAUCUUGGAGAGUUGAUUAUGCAAUCGAAUGAACCUCCAGUAAUUGUUGAAUCGUCCGAUCAAUUAGUGGAUUCUGAGAUAGAGAAUAAUGAACUGGAUGAGAAUUAUGUUGCUGAAGAAGUAGAUGAUUUACUAGUUGAACAUGUAGAGGAUGAAAAUGUAAACUUAGUGAAUGAUGGAAAUGAUAGUGAUUCUUCAGUGUAACUUUUAUUUUGUAAACAUUUGUUACUAAAAUUUUUUACAAUUAAAGGAAUAUUUAAUUUCUUUCGUAUUAACAUUUUAAAUACUUAUAUUUCAAUUAUGUGUUUCACAUUUGUGAAUUCUUACGUUUUUUUCCGUCUUCAAAGUAAAGUAAAAUGUCAGCUACGUUAGCGACAUACCACGGUGGGGAUGGUGAUGGCAGGGAUCCCCCUGAUCCUUCUAGGGUACCGUCGUCUUGCGAAGCAGGUUUUCAUAUUUUUUCAAAUCUACAAUUGUUCUGAAUAUAAAUAGUGAAUGUAUGAUUUACUAAUAAAAUUAUUUUUCCCUCGAAUAUAUAUAGUUCCACCUCCGGUCAGAAAGGGUCGUGGGGUUGCCGCAAACGCUAAUCUCGAAAAAAAAAGGAGAGAAGCUGGUAAGCCCUUACCGGUGGAGGUAGAUCUUGAAACCGGCAAAGUAGUUGGCACUGAAGCCAACAAUUAUGUUCGAUUUCUUGGCCAACAAGUGAGCAUGUUGUGCCCGGGUGGUCAUCUAAAUUUUUCCGAUGUACCCCAACAAUACAAGGAUCAAGUGCUCAAUCGAAUCAGAUACUACUUUGAUAUCGAUGGGAAUCCCCACCGAGACCUACUUAUGGGGACUUUAUAUUCGGUGAUGGCGGAGCGGUAUAGUGAGCGAAAGACGCUCAGACACAAGCAUUUCAAACAACAUUACAAAAAACCAGAAGAUUGGGACACAGUUCUCAAAUUCCCCCCUGACUACUUGAAUACCGAGACUUGGAAACCGGUUUGCGAAUUGUUCGUUAGCGAGGCAUUUUUGAAUCGUUCAACUAAAAAUAAAUCGAAUCGGCAACUAAUGAAAUAUCCAACAACGCAAGGCACAAAAUCGUUGGCGUCCAUACGCCACGGAAUGGGGGGUCCUCCUGGAGAGCAUGUAGUUGAAGCAUGGAAGGAGAUCCAUGUGAAAAAACCGUCUGGAAAUUUCGUUUAUGAAUUAGCUGCAAAAGAUUAUGUAAGUGAUUAAAAUUAUUUAUUAUUAAAAUUUAUAUUUUAUAUUAAUUACAUAUUCUAAUAAUUUUGAUUUAAAUAGGAGGAACUGAUCAAGGAGCUUGAUAGGAAGCGACUUGAACGACAAUC